AUGCAGAUGGGUGAGGAGAAUCUUCGAGUCGAAGAAAUUUAGAGCUGUUGGCUGCUGGUGCAUUAGUCACGUUUGCAAGGAUUAGCACUCUUGAAAAUAACAAAACAUACACAAAUCUGGAAGCUUGUACAGCUUAAUUGCCAGCUGAUUCCGCCUUAAGAUAAGAACCCAGCUGUAAGACCUAUUGGAGUCGGUGAGGUACGGCAGAGGAUUGUUGGGAAAGCCAUACUUUCAGUCAUUAAGUUAGAAAUCAUGAUCUUUGAUGAAGAGUCUACCAAUGCUAUGCUCCUGGCGGAUGCAGACCGAAUGGUCCUCCGAUCCUCCACAAUAUCAGGUAUUUAUGCCCACCAAUGCGUGGCUAUUUAUACAGUGUGUCAUCACGCCUAUUUGUACUUGGAGCAACUGAAUUUCAUCAUCAGAAGGGACCACAAAGGGCGCGGGAGCCCCCCCAACAAUGCCAGUAUAUGCUAUUGGUAUAAUACCCCUGUUGAAGAUAAUCAAACCUAAAACUCCAGAAGACAUAACAAUGAAACAUGUAGCCUUUGCAGGUGAACUGCUAGAACUGCGACGCUGGUGGGAUACCAUUGAUCCGUGGGGUCCUAAUGUUGGGACAUAACCCAAACGCGUCAAAGUCGUGGCUGGUCCUAAAGCCAACAUCAGAGGAGAAAGCACGAGAAAUCUUUGGAAGAACCAACAUUAACAUCGCCACAGAUGCGAGAAAGGAUCUUGUUGGCUACAUUGGAAGUGAAAGUGGAUGUGGCAAAUACGCUGAGGAAUUGGUAAGCUCGUGGUGUAACCAACUGAAAGUCCUGUCAAAGAUAGCAAAGACAGAACUGUAA